ACGAACGGCGUAACGAGAAGGAAAGGCAAGAAGAGAUCUGUUUGUUCUCCGAGAAACGAAGAGAGAGAAUACAGAGCGCGAGAGAGGAGAUUAGGCAAAUUAAGGGAAGGAAAGAUGAUGUCCGGAAACUACCAUCACAUUGACAAUCAGAAGGUCUCAGGAUCUGUACCUGCGGUUACCGAUCCAGGGCACAUUCCAGUUCAGUUCGCAGAGUCGAAUCUGCAAACUUUUCCGCCCUCUGGCGCUCAGGGCAAGAUCAGUGGUGCAUCCAGGCCUCCCCGCGAUGCUGAUGGUAAGUCUUUGUUGAAGUUCUGCUUGAGUAGGGAUUCUGAACUACAAGUCUGGUUUACCUAAAUUUGUGGAUUUUGAACAAGAACUGGAAAUUUUCAAUGUUGUACAUAUAAUAUUUGAGCAGGGUUUCUGUUGGGGCAAAUCCUUUCCAAGGAAAAGGGAGGUCAUGUGUCUGUGAAGCACCAAUCAUGCUGAGAGUAACUCAGAAAUUCGUGGUUCACCCAAACUUGAGGGCUUUGAAUUAGAACUGGAAUUAGUUUGCUUUGUUGAUGUGCAUGCUCUCUAGUUUUUCACAUAGCAUUUGACAGAUUGCUUCAAGUUGGGAUUCUGUAAUACCAAUGAGUAGGAGGGGGGGUGAAUGAUGCUUAGGAGAAGUGAUGUCUUUGACAAUUUCUUCUUUGUAAUUACUCAGGAGGAGAUUACGUGGAUAAUCAUAGCUGCUAGUUGCUUAUUUCCUCUUAUGAUCUCCAAAUCAAGCCUGUUGGCGACAUGAAACUUGGUUCCUUUUGAGUUUCUUGGGUAGUUGAUAUUUAUAUGGAAUGAGUGAAUUGUAGUAUGAUGGAGUUUGUUCUAUCAUAUUGUCGUGCUUGCUGAAUGACUGUCUACAUUUGCAGAUUCAUUUUCAAAACCGGUCAAUGGUAUCGAGGAACCACAACAGCCAGGUGGCUGGCUUCGGGCAUUCUCAGUUGCUUCAUACAAGCCAUACUUUGACGUUGACACUGUAGAUGUUAUAGAGAGAAUCAAAGAUUCACUAUUCCCAUUCAAUGGUUCCUUCAACGAGAAAACAACUAACAACCCAGAUUUGUAUGGACCAUUCUGGAUAUGCACUACCCUAAUUUUCGUAGCAGCUUCAAUUGGAACUUUUGUGACUUAUGUAGCACACAAGGUUGAGAAGAAAGAAUGGAACUAUGAUAUAAAUGUCGUGACGUGGUCUGCCGGUUUGUUCUAUGGAUAUGUAACUCUUGUUCCUCUCGCUUUGUACGUGAUCCUCAAGUACUUCUCAGCGCCAUCAGGCCUGGUCCAGCUCUUCUGUCUCUAUGGCUACUCUUUAUUCAUCUUCAUCCCAACACUGUGUCUCUCGAUUGUGCCCUUGGAGAUCUUCCGGUGGAUAGUUGCAGGUGUCGCAGGUUUCAUGUCAGCAUCAUUCGUCGCACUGAACCUCCGAGCCCACAUCAUGUCGGCAGGGGAGAGGUGGUUCUUGAUCGUUGCAGGGAUCUUUCUGCUGCAGCUAGCGCUGUCCGUCGUGUUGAAGAUGUAUCUAUUCACCGUGACGUUUUAACAUCUGAGCUUAACUCAUCAUCAUCAUCACCAUCACCGUCCCUCACUUCUUUAUUUGAGGCACAUGGAGAACUAUAAGCUGUAGAUUAUAGGAAAAAAGAAAAGAGUUUCCGUUUUUGGGUAACAAUAUGUUAGCUUUGAUAUGAUUCAUAUACAAGUACAUGAUCACAUUGUUCGAAAUAUCGUAGUACCCUCUGUGAAUUUCCACUAUUUUGCUCAGUUGAUUGAUUGGGUGGGUGUAUUAUUCAUACUUGAUUGAAAAAAUUUAACUUCCUAUUCCUCAGUUUUCUACUGUUCUUGAGUGAGACAAAUCUCAAAGGGAUAAAAUGACGAGAUGAUGAAGAAGAGCAGAGGGAGAAGGAAACCAAGAAC